AUGAACCCCAGAACCCGCAAAGGUGUGUCAGGUGAAACGCUCUGCGGAGAGAGGAGAAACGUGUCUGGCAUAGAGGGAGGAGAGGUGACGCUACCUGUGGGUGAGACUGGGAUCAGAGACAUCUCCUGGGUGGCUGGUAUGAGACUCAUUGUUAUAACAGAGCCGGGUAAACCUGUUGUUGUACGAGAGACGCUGUAUAGAGGACGACUGAGCGUCACAGCGGAUGGAUCAUUAAUUAUCAGUAAUCUGUCCAGAGACGACCAGGGGAUCUAUACAGCUAAUAUACAGAGACAGCUAUCAGGACCUUGUAUACAGAUAUAUGAUCUCAGAGUAUAUGGUGUGCCAGGUUCAUCCUGCGGGGAGAGGAGAGAAGUGUCCGGCAUAGAGGGAGGAGAUGUGACGCUACCUGUGGGUGACACUGGGAUCAGAGACGACAUCUGGGUGACUGAUAUGAGACUUAUUGCUAAAACAGAGCCCGGGAAUCCUGUUAUGGUUCAUAAUAAUCUGUAUAGAGGACGACUGAGCGUCACAGCGGAUGGAUCAUUAAUUAUAACUAAUCUGUCCAGAGAAGACCAAGGAAACUAUACAGCUAAUAUCCGGAGACAGAUAUCAGGACAGUGUACACAGAUAUAUGAUCUCACGGUGCACGGAAGGACCCAGAAGAGAGAUUAUAGAGGAAUGAUUAUUAUACGGCUGACGCUCUCUGCCUGUGUGUUCUGUCUCACCUGCUGUGUGUUCCUUCACCACGUCAUCAUGGACAGUAAGGAUAACCUGGGGAUAACAGUGAAACCUUUAGAAAACAAGAACCAGGAUCUCACCUGCACAGCUUACAAUUAUACAGUAUGUGGAAGCAUGAGCCAUAACCGCUCUAUUGCAAGGGUAAACGAGGUGUCCGUCUUGGUGUUUGCGGUGUAUCCAGUGCAUGGCGUACCAUAUUUUGUUACUAGAAAUGGGGAGAAGUGUGGUCGCUGUAUGUAUACAGUUCCCCUGUCUGUAGAUAUACAGUACACCACAUGCGCUGCUUCCUCUCACAGGUCUGUGUGCAGCUGUUACCUGUGUCUGCCGGCCAGCGAGGUAACUAAUAUGCAGGAUGGAAGGAAAACGCUUCAGCUGCUCAUACCGACCGUGGUGAUCCUUUACCUUCAUUCAUGUUUGCUGUGUGACGCGUUAUGUGACAAGAGAUCCGUGUCUGGUGUAGAGGGAGGAAAUGUCACCCUACAAGUGGACCUGGCUGGGAUCAAAUCCAUUUCUUGGUAUAUCUUCCAAAGUAUUUAUAUAAUUGCUAUAACAAAACCUGGAAGAUAUAUUGAUGAUGUUGAUGAGGAGUAUAAGGGGAGAGUCCACAGCACAGCGGAUGGUUCCUUACACAUCACUGAUCUGACAUCGGAUGAUCAGAGGAGCUACAGAGCCACUGUACAGAGGGACGGAGGACAGAGGUGCUUACUCUUUCAUCUCACAGUAUACAGAAGGUUAUCUGCCGGCGACAUCCAGAUCAGCCACAAUUUCACCAGCAGUGACCCCUGCGCUGUGGCCCUGAUGUGUACGGUGACAGUACGAGAUGUGACUGUAACCUGGGACAGUAUAGACAGCAGUGAUAUCAAUGUGACGGGAGAUGUCCUAUACGUACCUCCCAGCGAUGUGAACUUCACCUAUACCUGCACUGCCAGGAAUCCUAUCAGUAACUCCUACAAGACUGUGGUUCCCCAGCACUACUGCAACCCAGAUGGGAAAGGCCAGCUACAUAUAUCUUAUACACCAGUGACUAUAAUGCGUCUGGCGCUAUCUGCAGCUGUGUUCCUCGUCACCUGCUGUGUGCUCACCCAUCACAUGAGGACUGAAGUGACGAGACCCUCCGCUGACAGCAGCUGACGGCUGUAUACCACAUGGGCUGCGUCUACACUGACUGAUCUGGAGUCAGACCUUAUUCAUCUCUUUUUUCCACUGUACUGGAUAUGUGAGAGUAAUAAUCUAAUAA